AUGUCCCUUCUUAUAAACAAGCAACGAUUAGCCCAGGCCUUGCACUGCUAUCUUUGUACUUGUACAGCUCUUUGCUUUUCUGUCGCCACUCGCCACGCAACUCACCGGUGCCUGCUAGCUUUUUGCCUCUGUCUGUGAGGGAUCCUGACCACCACUGACGAAUAGAGCAGUUUCCUUUGAAAAGAACGCUGAGGAAUUAAUUGCAGUCGCCACAGCUCUUAAGACCCCUCACUGUGUAAACCCAGAGACAAGGAAGACCCGUGCAAGUGCAGCAGUGCGCGUAAGCGGGUGAUUUCUACUCGUGACAACAUGAGCAAAGGCAGUGGAGCUAUCCUCUCUAGGCUGAGGUCCUUCAUGCGGAACCCAGCGCAUGUGAGUCAGCCUCUAGAUGCCUACAUCGUCCCGACUGGAGAUGCUCAUCAGAGUGAAUAUGUUGCUGAAUGUGACAGUAGGCGAUCUUUCCUGUCUGGUUUUACAGGCUCAGCAGGCGUUGCAAUUGUUACCACCAAACUGGCAGCUCUGUGGACAGAUGGACGCUACUAUCUACAGGCCGGUCAGCAGCUCAGCGGAGACUGGGAACUCAUGAAAGAUGGUCUUCCCGACACACCGUCGUACUCAGAGUGGCUGAACAAGGUGCUCCCUGUUGGUGGCAGAGUGGGCUGUGAUCCGAGCCUUCUGGCAUAUGACCGCUGGAUGAAACUGUAUAAGGAACUGAAGUGUGAUGGACAUGAGCUGGUAGAUGUGGAUGAGAAUCUGGUUGACCUUGUGUGGACCGAGCGACCCGACCCGCCAUGCAGUCAGCUGAUCAUCCUCACUCUAGAUGAAGCAGGUUUAUCAUGGCAGCAGAAAGUGAGCAACAUUCAAGAAAGUCUUGUGGAGCUGUCCGUGUCAGCGGUGGUCAUCACAGCUCUGGAUGAAGUUGCCUGGCUGUUCAACAUGAGGGGAGCUGACAUUGAAUUCAACCCAGUCUUCAUAUCCUAUGCCAUAGUGACAAGAGACAGUGCAAACCUUUUUAUUGAUGAUGAGAAGCUAACCAGCAAGGUCCGCCAACAUCUGAGUGGAGUGAAGAUCCAUCCUUACAGCUCUGUGUACAGCUUUUUGUCCACACUAGCUCAGACAGAUUCUAGCAAGAUCUGGGUGAACGAGACCUCCAGUUUUGCUAUUUUCAGACAAGUGCCAAAAGUCAAACGUCAUGUUGAACCAUCUCCAGUGGCUGUGAAAAAGGCUGUAAAGAAUGCGAAUGAAAUGAAAGGCAUGGAGAGAGCUCAGGUUAAAGAUGCAGUUGCUCUGUGUGAGUUCUUCCACUGGCUUGAAAAAGAAGUUCCCAAAGGAAAUGUUACAGAGAUGUCAGCAGCUGAGAAAGCAGAAAACCUGAGGAGUCAGCAAGAGAAUUAUGUGUCUCUGAGCUUCGACACAAUCUCAAGCAUUGGACCACAUGGAGCAAUCAUUCAUUACAAACCCACGCCUGAUACUGACACCCCAGUCACCACAGAGGAAGUGUUUCUGGUGGACUCAGGAGCUCAGUACAGGGACGGAACUACAGACACCACAAGAACCGUCCACCUCGGCACCCCUUCCAAACACGAGCAGGAGUGUUUUACCAGAGUCCUCAAAGGCCACAUCAACUUGUCGUCAGCCAUUUUCCCAAAUGGAAUCAAAGGUCAAAUGCUGGACACUCUAGCAAGGACAUCCUUGUGGUCAGUGGGGUUGGAUUACAGGCAUGGCACUGGUCAUGGAGUCGGAGCUUUUCUGAAUGUCCACGAAGGGCCUUGUGGGAUCUCAUUCCGAGUCAGGAAUAAUGAAAUUCCACUGGAGGAGAAUAUGGUUCUCACAGAUGAGCCCGGCUACUAUGAAGAUGGAAACUUUGGAGUUCGGAUUGAGAACUGCAUCAAAGUUGUGAAAGCUGACACAAAGCAUAACUUUGGACAGGUUGGCUUCCUCACAUUUGAGCCAAUCACUGUGGUGCCGAUUCAGAAGAAAAUGAUUGAUGCUUCUCUUCUCACUGAAUUUGAGGUGUCAUGGCUGAACCAGUACCACGCUAAAGUGCGCAGUCUCGUCGGUGAUGAGCUCAAGCGUCAGGGCAAGAAGGAAGUGUACCAGUGGCUGCUGCAGGCUACAGAACCUCUUGGAUAAAAAAUUCUGGCUGCUUAACAUUCAGUUGCUAUGUUGCCUUUGACUGGAUAAUGUUAUUUUGUUGUUUUAGGCAGCCUUUUUUUGUGGGGGGGGGGGGGGUGGGGUAAGGUGCCAUACACCAAAAAUGAACAGCCAAAUGUUUGAGCAUGUUCAUCAUAGACAGCGAAAAGAUCUUGUCAGUAUGUGAGUGUUUUAGCGCCUAUAAAAUGGCAGCUUGCACUGUAUGCUUCUCAGGAAGUUGAGAUUGUUCCAGAAUGCCUAGAGGUCUGUUGGGGAAAUGAUAGAUUGUAAAGCGCAUAGAGCUUGCUGUUGAGCGGGAACUUGCGCUAUACAAAUGCUAUCUAUUAUUGUUAUGUGUCUGCAGCAUGCAGCAAUGUAUUCUAGCGUAACAGGGUUUUCAACUUUUAUUGGGGGGGGGGGGGGGUGGGGAAUUCUUCAACUGUUGUAUUCUGACUUCACUUGGAACGAACAGCGAAAUAUUAAUUUUAUGUGCAACUUUUCUUUCAGGUUUUUGGGGGGUUUUUUUCGGGCUAAGCAUCUGUGAUUUCUCCUGUUUUGUUUGUUUUUGUAUUUUCCAACUUUUCCUUAUGCAGUUCGAAUUGUUCUGUAAAAUUUUGGGUCAGACUUGGGAUGUUCAUCUCAAGUGUACUACCCUCGUCAACCAAGAACAAAUUUCGUAUUUUUGCCAGUGUUUCACUAACUCCUCUAACUCUAUAACUAUACUCCUGAGUAUCAUGGCAAUCAGAUAUAGUGGUAAGCAUGAGAUGUGACCAACGAGGUUUGUCAUAGCUCAGCACCAUAUUUAUUUGAAUUUAGACAUGGAAAAAUGUUAUAUUUCUUUCUCAGCUCCAUAGGAGGUAUGGCCAAAAGUUGCAGCAAAAGGUAGAUGGGUGAUAUCAUGGAUCACUUUUGAUGAAAUUUUGUAACAUUUCUGUCAAGAUAAAUAAAACGAAAAUGUGAUUUUACAGUAAU